AAAUGUUAAUAAAAAUGCCUCCCAGGGUGUGGCAAAGUUCUGCAGCAAGUCUUUUAAACUGUAAUGCUGAACAAGUGUAAGGGAUUGGUGAAUAUUUUAAGAUAUAUGAUGCAAAGUUCUAACCUCACUUUUAUAGAAUAUCCUUUCUUUGCACUGGAGGCAAAUCGGGUAAUAAUACCAUUAUUAAUUAGUAGGAAGUAAAAUCAGAAGAUACAUCCCUGGGAGACAAGCAGCAGAAGCCCAAACAGCAGUAUUAAGAGCAGCACCCGCAUACCGGACCUCGAUAAUUCCCUGGAGUUCACCUCUAACGUCCCUUUUCCCUUGGAGCCGCGCAAGCGUACACUGAUUUUGCUCCUCUCUCCCUUGUGCCCUCGCCUCCCCCCGCCACCCCCACGUCCACCCCACCACGCAGGCGCAUCUCCUUAAAUCCAGUCCCUACACCCCUCCUGUUUGCCUGCAUUAAGUUCUCCCUCCUCUUUCUGCACCUCAGCAGGUUCACACUCUUCUCCGUGAGGGUGGCGGCGAUAGAGAGGUCACGUGAUGAGCAUCUUGCUGCCCAACAUGGCGGAGUUCGAUACCAUCUCGGAACUGGAGGAGGAGGAGGAAGAAGAAGCGGCAACGUCGUCGUCGUCGUCGCCGUCGUCGUCGUCGUCGGUAUCAGGGCCUGACGAUGACGAGGAAGAUGAGGAGGAGGAGGAAGAAGAAAACGAAGAGGAGGAGGAGGAAGAAGAGGAGCAGGUGGAGGAAACGCCGCCCCCGCCUCGGGUAGUGAGCGAAGAGCAUCUACGGAGAUAUGCCCCCGACCCUGUAUUGGUGCGGGGCGCCGGCCACAUCACUGUGUUUGGCUUGAGCAACAAGUUUGAUACUGAAUUUCCCUCAGUUCUAACAGGGAAGGUGGCCCCAGAAGAAUUUAAGACCAGCAUUGGCCGUGUGAAUGCAUGUUUGAAAAAGGCUCUCCCAGUCAAUGUGAAAUGGUUGCUCUGUGGUUGUCUCUGCUGCUGUUGCACAUUGGGUUGCAGCCUGUGGCCUGUUAUUUGUCUCAACAAAAGAACCAGAAGAUCAAUUCAGAAGUUGUUAGAAUGGGAAAAUAACAGAUUGUAUCACAAGCUUGCUUUGCACUGGAAGUUGACUAAAAGGAAAUGUGAAACUAGCAAUAUGAUGGAGUAUCUUGAACUUUUGUCAUUUGGAACAUAGAGGUUUCCUUCCACAUUUUUAGGUUUGUAGCCAACAUAAAAUAUCUUGAAAGCUGACAAUUAUUUAUAUCUUAGAAAAACUUUAGCUACUAUGCUCAGAUGAAAACAUGGUAAAACCUUAAUCUUCUUCUAACGCGGGUGCAAACCAUAACACAUGUUGAUAGGCACAGAUGAACAAAUAUUCCUAAAUGUAAUCUUGUCAAAACUUACAUAAAAUAGGAAUUGACUUCUGGAUUCAUAUUCCUGGCUUUUUUUUCCCCUUAGCUGAUAUUUAUUAAUAGCUUUCAGUGAAGAAUCUAUAGAUUCUAAUUUUUUUAAACUGAAAGAUCUGCGAUCUUAGUUACAACGCAUAAAGUCAUAUAUAGCCAAUGUGACAAAUUGAGUAUCAUUAACAUUCAAAAGAAUAUGAAAUUUAUCCAAACUUUAAGUUGCUGCCAUGUAAUAUAUAUUUAAUAAUAAACAUUCCAUUUCUAUUUCAUAAGUAAGGAUUAUUAUGUAUCUUUCUCCACUUUGAAUAGUUUUGAGGAUAAUGAGCAAAUGACCACAAAUCUAAAAUUCUCUGUAGGUAAAACCUUGUAUAAAUUAUUGUAACUUUAUGUAACUUUAUAAAUAUAUUGUUUUUAUUCCCAAACCUUUUUUAAAUUAAAAUGUUUUAAUCAAUCCAUUUGAACACUAUUUUUUACAAAAAAGCUUCUAAAAGAUAGUAAUACUCAACCAAUAUCAGCUGUUUUAAUUGAAAAAUAUAUAAAUGUAAUAUAAGUGAAGGUAUUUUUUUCUAAUCCUAAUAAAUUUUUGUUAGAGAUUCUAAUAAAAUUUGUAUCCUUCCCAUUUAAUCCCUUCCACUUUGCUACAAAAAAAGGGAACCAAGGGAAAAUGGGAAAGACAUUAAAAUAUAAUAGGGUUUGCUUUUCUGUUAACUAAAUGGUUACUGUAAAUCAGAUAAUAAAAACUAUGAGCUAUAGCAAGUAAUUAUGUUUUUCAGUUUAAUUGCCAAUCUAACGAUAACUUGUGGUAAGUUCCUUUUGUAACUGUUUUAUAUAUUUCACUUGCUUUAUAGUAUAAGACUAAAACAUAGUCCUGUAAGAAAUGAUUAUAGACUUUUUGGGUUAUGUAUAAGUUACAGUAAAUGAAAAUUUUGUCAAUAUAUUCUUGUUUAUUUUUA